AUGGCGGACAAGAAUCAACAACCCAAAGAGUCACGCGGAUAUGCAGUAGCUCGAGGAAGUUCUAGAGAUGUAGACAAUCACCGUCGACGAGAUAAGGAGGAAGAAAGCCGCUCCAAUAAGGGUUCUCGACACGACGACAGGAAAUCGCGAAAACGGCACCAUCCCAGUCGUCGUCGUCGUCGCCACCAUCAUCGAGAAGAUCAAAGUAGUAGCUCCUCUGAUUCUUCAUCACACCGUUACAAACGCAAGCGUAGUAGAAAAAGGGAGCAGGAGAGGUAUGACGAUGACGAUGACGAUACCGAUAAAAGACUCCCAGAAUCAUCGAGAAGUCACAAACGAAGACGUCGAGACUUUGGUGGCGAUUCCUCCACUGACCACCACUCGACUGAUCAAAAGCCUAGAUGGCCUGAUAGGCAAGAACAACAACAACAACAACAAGAGACUACUGGAUUGACUGCCAAUAAAAAUGAUAGUCAAGAAGAAUCAUCGACAAAGGGUUUAAAACCCUUACCCGAACGGCGUGCUACUGGUGUACCAAUGUUUCUUCCCCGACAGCAGGGAGAACGACCAAGGCUCAACUUGGCGGUGAAACGAAGUCGUGGAGGCGUCAUUGUCGCUCAAGCAAUGAAGGCCAAAGGGCCAGAUAGAACUAUUGGCUUUGUAUCUGGCUGGACAUCUCGAAAGAGUCGUUUCACCGAAACGUAA